GGUAGAUUGAUUGAAACUCUAAGAGAUCUUGUGUAUUCUCGCGAGAUCUCCAUUGCAAGGCUUGGCGGAAUUUCGAUUUCCAAGUACUUCUUUUCUACACCGGCGUGACUGACUGACACAUAGUCAUUUAUACCGUUUUUUAAACAUAAGUAUAAUAAAUAGCGGACAAUGUCCAAGCGGAAAAGAAGUCCUGUGAGCUGCACUCCCCACAAACGGGGUACGCAACAUAGCGAAGAUGAAGAGUCUCAACUUUGUGCACAGGUGCAAAGUGUCGGUGAGGUGUUGAGUGAUGCUGGCAUUGUGGAGAGCAUCACAUUGAAGAACUUCAUGUGUCACUCGUUUCUCGGCCCGAUCAACUUUGGAUCAAACAUCAACUUUGUCAUUGGCCGCAACGGAAGUGGAAAGAGCGCCAUCCUGACAGCUCUCAUCGUUUCAUUAGGUGGAAAUGUGCAGGCCACAAGCCGAGGAACAGCUCUCAAAAGUUUUGUCAAGAUAGGCGAAAGCUCAGCCAACGUGUCCAUCACUCUGCGUAACCAAGGGAAGGACUCUUACAAACCUGAGCUGUAUGGUCCAGCCAUCAUCAUAGACCUGAGACUCACUCAUGAUGGAGUGAGAACCUACAAGCUCAAGAGCAAAUGUGGUCAAAUAAUCUCAACCAAAAAGGAGGAGCUCACUUCUAUUCUGGACAAUUUUAAUAUACAGGUCAACAAUCCUAUGUCAGUUCUCAACCAAGAGAUGAGCAAGAACUUCCUACACUCCAAAGGAGAGGGGGACAAAUACAGGUUUUUCAUGAAGGCCACACAACUGGAGCAGAUGAAGGAGGAUUUUAUCCAUAUCAAAACCACGAAAAAUAUCACUGAAGAUAAAGUGGCACAACACAGUGAGUACUUAAAAGACCUGAAGCGAAAAUACCUUGAGAGAGAGGACCGUUACAAGAACCUGUCGUCCAUUGACGAAAUGCACACCAAGCUGGAGGAGUUACAGAAGCAGAUGGCCUGGGCUCUGGUAAUCGAGAUGGAGAAGGAUCUCGAGCCAAUGAAAGAGAAGCUCAAUGCCAGUAAACAGUCCACUGCAAAAUAUGAUGAAAAAGUGGAAGAAUGGAAGAACAAAGUCAAGGAAGCUGAGAAGAAGUGCAAAGAGUUCCAGGAACAGCUGGAAGGCAUCACACAGCAGGUUGAGGAGUUGCAGCCCAAAUGUACCAAGCUCAAGGAAGAGGCACAAAAUCAUAACACCCUUCUAAAGUCCAGCGAGGUCACGGUCCACAGAUGCCAGGUUAGCCUGAGGGACCUUGAGAAGGACAAGGCCCAGCUGUCCUCUAGGAUAAAUGAUCUCCAGCUAAGCAUCCACCAGGCGACAGGGUCGGCGAGGCAGGCCAAGGUUGAGAGCGUGCAACGCAUCCAGUGCCAACUGGAACAUCUCAAUCACCAAAUAUCCACCCUGGGGCAGCAGAUUAGCCAGUAUCAGCAUGCCAGUGGUCGUGCCAAGGAGGACCAUGGAAUGAUUCGGAAAGAUCACGACAUACUCAAGAGGUCCAUGGAUGCCAACAGUAGGAACUUGCAAAUGAUGGAAGGCAGUCGAUCCAAUCAGCUGCGGCGCUUUGGUGAGCACAUGCCAGCAAUGCUCGACGCCAUCCAGCAUGCUCACAAACUGGGUCAAUUCAAGCACAAGCCACGAGGACCUCUGGGAUACCUGAUCAAGCUAAAGGACCCAGAGCAGGCCCUUGCCGUUGAAGUGUGUCUGCAAAGUCUGCUGCACACCUUCACCUGUGACAACUACGACGAUGAGAAAGUGCUCAAGGGAAUAAUGAUGACAGUCAUGCCGUCAGGUCGCAGGCCUCCAAUCAUCACCGGCAUGUUUCUCCCAAAGGUCCAUGAUACACGAAAAAGGGCAGUGAACCACCCGGACUACCAGUCUGUGCUUCAAACUCUAGAAAUUGAAGACACAGUUGUGACCAAUUGCCUGAUUGAUCAAAGGGGGAUUGAGAACAUUUUGCUCAUCAAGAAUCGCGCUGAAGCUUGUCGUGUGAUGAUGUCUGGACACCCGCCCCCCAACUGCCAUCAAGCUUUCUCCAAGGACGGUGACCAGAUCUUUACCAACCGCUGCUACGCCUCUGAGCAGACCCGUGCCAACUGCCUCUCAGGAGAUGUGGAGGAGGAGAUCAGACACCUACAGAGAGAGCUGGGAACUCAACAAGCUCAAGCGUUGGUCUUGCAGCAGAAAAUGAGGAAGUUGGAUGAGGACAUCAAACAAAAUGAGAAGCUUGAAGAGAGAGCCCAUGUGGAGAUGAAAAUUGCCACUGACAGAGUCACAAAGCAUAGACUGGAGCUGUCAGACCUCCAAAAUCUGGAAGAGCCUCAGCUGGAAGACCUUAAGCUACUGGAGGAAGACCUUCAGGAAAUUGUCGAAAAGAUCUCAACAGAGAGGGAGAAGUAUGAGGAGGCACGACUCCGGACAUCUGAGCUCAAAGAGAACUACAACAGGGCAGAGAGAGAAUACAAGCAGCACAAAGAGCGCAUCAACACCACUGCCGAGGAGAUAGACGCAAUCAAGGAAGAUCUGACCAAGGGUGUCGAGGAGGUGAUGAAGUGCAAGCAUCAUAAGAAGUACUACGAUGACAGGCGCAGUGUUCAUCUCCAAAAUAUCCUGGAGUUGGAAGCUACUCUUCAGAGGAAGGAGCAGGAACUUCAGGCAAACAUUUCCAAAGCUAGAGAGAUAUGGCCCGAGCGCCUUGAGGUGGAGCGGACUGCCAGGAGCCUAGACACGGAGAUUAGCCGCCUCAAGGAGAAGAUCUCCACCCAGCAGGAGCAAGAGGGCAACCGCGAGGAGAUCAUCAGAGAAUACCGUGAUGCUUUAGCAAAGUAUAAGAACACAGCACAGCAGAUGAAGAACCUCAACAUGUUCAUCAAAAGCCUUGACAGGGUUAUGAAUCAAAGACUUAAAGUUUUUGCUGACCUCAGGAGGUUCCUGUCAGCGCGUUGUAAAUAUUUCUUCAACAGCAUGCUGACGCAGAGGGGCUUUAAGGGAAACAUGAUCUUCGACCACAAGAACGAGACUCUCACCAUAUCUGUGCAGCCGGGAAGAGGAAACGAGAGUGACAAUAUCAACAUGCGCUCGCUGUCAGGUGGUGAGCGGUCCUUCUCCACUGUGUGCUUUAUUCUCUCAUUGUGGGCCAUCACUGAGGCGCCCUUCCGUGCCCUGGAUGAAUUUGAUGUUUACAUGGACAUGGUGAAUCGAAGGAUCUCACUGGACAUGAUACUGCAAGUGGCUGAGGUCCAGCACGACCGGCAGUUUAUCUUCCUCACACCGCUGAGCAUGAGUUCUCUUCCAGAAGCUGAUCACAUCACAAUCCUCCGUCUCAAUGAUCCAAAAAGAGGCCACGAAAGCGAAAAUGAAGAUCAGUCCUAGUUUUAAAUUUAAACCGUUGGGCUUUUGUUAAAGUAUUUCUGUUCAAAGUUUCUUCAAUAAAAAGUUUUGUUUUAAAUGGUUGUAUUGUAUGAUUAAUCAGUAAUGCUGAUUGAGGAGAAUAUUCUCCCAUACACUCAAUUCUAAAAGCUCUACGAUUUUCUGAC